ACAACUCAGAUUCUGAAAUCACCAUCACCCUCCUCUUGCAUUCCAAUCCAAAGUCUAAACAAGCAAAGCCAUGAAUCCCUCCACCUAUAAAUUGUCUAUUUGUAUCACCUCACUAUUUCACUUGUCUCUCUGUUUCUCAUUCCUUCUUCACUUUUUGACUCCAAAAGAGGAAUGACAAAAAAAGAAUAAGUCCUUCCCAACUGCAAGUCACAAAAGCAAAAGACCCUUUUGUCAUCCUAGUAACUCUGUGACACCAACAUGGGUUCUGUUCCUGCAGAACUAAGCCUAGAUUUGAGACCCACUUUUGUUCCAAAAACCAUCACUGAUUUUCUCUGCCACCUUUCCACCACCCCAAAUGCAUCUCACAAGAAGUCCUUGCUCGAUGACUUUGUCCACAGAUUGGAACUUGAAUUGGCCAAGAUUCAAGCAUUCAAACGCGAACUUCCUCUCUGCAUAUUCCUCUUAAAUGAUGCAAUUUCAGCUUUGAAGGGGGAAUCAGCAAAAUGCAGGGAGCAGAGGACUGAACCAGUGUUGGAAGAGUUCAUUCCCCUGAAGAAAAGGUGUGAUCAGAUGGAGGAAAUUGAGAAGGAGAAGGAAUGCAGGGAUAAGAGGAAUUGGAUGAGUUCUUUUCAGCUUUGGAACAGUAAUGAUAAUAAUAAUAAUAAUAAUAAUAAAAAUGCAUAUGACUGUGACAAAAGACAACACUAUAUACUAGAAAACAAGAAUGAUGGAGAAGAAAGACAACCUGUGGCCAAGGACUUGUUCCAAUAUUGUGGAAAUGGAAAUGGAAAUGGAAAUGGAGGGAGUGGCUUUGUUAUGCCUUUUUCUACAUACAUUGCAACAAAGGAAGAUAAGGAAGAUUGUGUUGUCAAUGGACUUUCUCUUCAGACACCUGGAACUGCAGUGAAUAACACAAUGGAGGGAUCUGAUUCCAGAAGCAUCUCUUGCAGGGUGGUUUCCUCCACUCCUUCACCGCCACCGCCGCCGCCGCCUCAGCUGCAAAGUGCCCGGAAACAAAGGAGGUGCUGGUCGCCGGAGUUGCAUAACUGCUUUGUUAAGGCUUUACAGGAGCUUGGAGGUUCUGAAGUAGCCACUCCAAAGCAAAUUAGGGAAAUGAUGAGGGUUGAUGGCCUGACCAAUGAUGAAGUAAAGAGUCAUUUGCAAAAAUUCCGACUUCAUAUUCGGAGAGGUCCACUUGCUACAGGUGCAACUUCUGUUGGAGGAUUGUGGAGGCAAAGUGACUUCUUCAAGGGCACCAGUUCUGAUUCUCCUCAAGGCCCUCUUCAGUUAGCUACACAAUCUGGUGAAGGGACAUCCCGAACUGAAGGUGACAAUCUCAUAGAUGAUGAUGUAAAAUCGGAGUUAUAGCUGCAAUGCAACACUCACAUUCACAAACAUGCAUGCAUAAAAGGUGUUGUAUAAACAAUUUUCUCACCAAGAAUUUUGCAGAGGAUGGAUCUAUGCAUGAAGAGAGGCUUUUGAAAUUUUGAAGGAACUGUUUUUACAUGAUGCUCUCAUCAUUCUUUUCUUUUCACCCAUGAGAAUAAUGUAGUGCUUAUGGAGAAAUUACUCCAACAUCUUGGAUGGGAUGUCUAGUGUUAUAGAUAGAUUUCGGACUUAA